AUGGAAGAUGAACAGCGCUUAAUAUUGAGAAAAAUAAUUAAGGAGAUUGUGGUAUCUGAUAUAGAAAAUGAACUCAAUUUUGAAAUCAAUAAGCCUAAGAGAUUAUGGCAAAGAAAAUGGAUUACCAGACGUUCUCAGUAUGGAGCCAGCAAUAAACUUAUUGAAAAAAUUGCUAAGGAAGAUCCUGCUGAAUUUUACAGAUCAAUGCGAAUGACAGAAACGCAAUUUGAAGAAUUGCUGACGCACGUUGAGCCCGCCAUAAAAAAAAACAGAUACUUUUGUGAGGAGUGCACUCACGCCAAAAAUAAAACUUCAGAUAGUGUUGUAUUUUCUUGCCACUGGUUGUAG